AGCUAGCUGAAGAUUUGGGCCGAAACAGUGGCACAAAGAAAACAUUUUCAAAGAAGAUCAUUACUGGUUGGGCGUAAAACCAGAAAUUGAUUAUCAAAUCUAAAAGGCAACUCCAAUAUCAAAACUUCUGUGAUUCAAAUAUCCCUAAACAAAAACGAAUGGUCCACAUUAUUUUUUUGUUCUAUUCCAAACAAUGGCUUAAUAAUUUCAAAGUGGAAGUGGAUUACGAACUGGAAUCUUUUUAAAGAGUUCAUCGACUAAGGCAAGACAAUAAGAAGGUAAAUUAAAUCAACUGGGUUAAUUGACUGCUUAACUAAAACAAAAAGGAACGGAUAAGUUAUCCCCGCUUAGCUGUGUAAAUACCGUUAUUUUAAGGACUGACUAAAAGAUGUGCAUUUAGUCUAUAAGCUGUGUAUACUUUCCUCAUCGAAAAUAGAUUUUCAACAUAGGCAUGUUCAAAGUAUUAUGCGUUCACUGUACUUAACGUUGAAAACAGCGAGAGAGGUUUGUCUGAUUCUCUCCGAUUAAGCAUUUGGAAUUUCCCUAAUAUAUAUACUACGUUGAAGAAGAGCAUUAAUAAACGAUGACGAGCUCCCAACUGCUCCCAAGCCUGCACUGAACAAUGAUCAAAAAACGCGAGACGGUCAGUUCUUGUUCGGCUACGUAACGUGUUGGACCCGGAGCGCAGGUUCUUACAAAGUCAACCGAUGUCUGUCUCUAUAUUGACUAAUCGUGUAUUGAUGGUAAUACUAUCGCUUACACUGGCGUUGUUUUGCAUGUCUGUCGAACUGGCGGCACAGGUUCUUCCACCUAACAACUGUGGCAAUGUUUUUCGAUACGAGCGUUGGGGAUUCGGCUGGAUUGGUAUUGUUGUGCCGGAAUAUAAUGGCUUAACGAGAAUGGACUGGACAUUGAAGUUUGCAGCGCAUGGCUCUGGCUCCUCUGGGCAAGUCAGCCAAUUGGCUCUCUAUCCGGACAAAACGACGGCCUAUCAACAUAUGUUUCAGGGUGGACGCGCCGAGUGCUAUGUAACUUUUCAAAACUACGGCAGUGAACUGCCCAAAAUAAUAUAUGCAGAUUUAAAUGGUCAAGUGCUCUGUACGGCAAAUGGAUACGGUGCACCAUCAUCAACAAUGACGCGAUCCUUAAAGGUAUCUGUAUCCACCAAUCAAGUAGCUGGCCCACCGUUGCCAACGGCUCCGCCAACGUAUAAAGUUCGAAUCACUCAGGCGCCCGUAACUGUGCGACCCCCUUCAGUACAAUCAGUACCAAUUGCCAAUAAGUGGAAGGACAACAUUUUCCUAAACAACGCUGUCAGCAGUGCUGCGAGUAGUGGCAGUAGUAGUAGUGGUGGCUUUGGUGGCAGCACUAGUAGUGGUUUCGUUAGCAGCAGUGGUACCACUAGCGGUGGCACCACCAACAUAUUUCAUACCAGUGGUCUCUUUGACGGUGGCAGUUUCUUCAGCAGCAGCUGGCCGACCACCACCUUUGUAAGCAAUGGUAACUGGCCCAGCACCACCUUCGUAAGCAGUGGUAACUGGCCCAGCACCACCUUCGGAAGCAGUGGCAGCAGGCCAUCCAGUAACUCAGGCGGCACCGCCAGCAGGCCAUCCAGUAACUCGGGGGGAAACGGUAGCAGCCCAUCCAGCAAUUUGGGAAGCAGCGGCAGCAGGCCAUCCAGUAACUCUGGCGGCACCGCCAGCAGGCCAUCCAGUAACUCGGGGGGCCCCCGCACUCCUGUUGUCAGCAGCAAUGGUAGCAGUGGAAAUACCGAUAUAACUGUGGCAAGCAGUGGUGGUAGUGGCGGUGCUAAGCCCAUCAUUACUGUAAAUACGGGAACCAGGGAUGAAAAUCCAGCAACAGACAAAUGUGGAAUGGAGGGACUAGUUGGUCUGCUAAUUGGUGGUGAGACCCUACCUCAUGGUCGAUUUCCUUGGAUGGCAGCCCUUUACCAUGAUGAUGAUCCCGAUCCGAAAAAGCUCAGCCUGACCUACAAAUGUGUGGCUACACUUAUCUCUAGUCGAACGGUUGUUACAGCGGCGCAUUGCAUUUGGGAAAAGCAACCGGAAGAAAUGCGCGUCUAUGUGGGUCGACAUGAUUUAGAUACGCAUCCAGAGACCGGUGCAACGCUAAUGGAAAUUCAGAGUGCAUUUACACAUCCAGACUUUGUUGGAAAUCUAGUACCAGACUCAGACAUAGGGUUGCUCAUCUUCACCACACACGUCCAGGAAAGCAAUUAUGUUCGAGCCAUAUGUAUGUGGACAUCGAGCACCCUUCUUAGCAAUGGUGGCGUUGAGGAUGCGACGAUUGGUGGCUGGGGAAAUGAUGAAAAUGGCAAACCGACACGAUUCCCUAAAGCGGCUGUUGUUCAAACCGUAUCGCGUGAGACUUGUCUGCGUGAAAUGGUUUCGGCCAAGGACUUCCUGACGCCACGCACUCUCUGUGCCGGCAACAAAAAGGCGCAUGGCCCCUGUCUAGGCGAUUCGGGAGCAGGUCUAAUGAUUCAGCGAAAUGGUCGAUGGAUGUUGCGAGCCAUCGUCUCGUUGGCUCAACGCUCCGGCGACACCUGUGAUUUGACGAAGUAUGUCAUCUACAGUGACGUGGCCGCGCAUCUUCGCUGGAUUGAGAGUAAAAUUGUUAGAUGAGAUCUGAAGACUAGUGCCAUUAAGCUAUCGUUUAAGUAACUUCUAAAACAAUAAGCCAAAUCAUCUGAGCAAAUUGGUUUAUUUAAAUGCUCAUAUUGUAUGCAUGGACUGUUGGACCUCGAAAAUAUAUUUAAUGCUAUUUAAGCUGCCUGUAA